AUGGAACAAUCGUCUCAUUCUUCCUGUCCUCAAGAAAGUCCAUGUGAUAUAAAUUCUCAGGACCCUGAGAAUCCCAGUUUCCCUGAUGUUUCGUCUGCUGUGUGUCCACCAUUUCGCAGACAUUUAGUUCCAAUUCGGAGAAAUUUUCAACUUAAUUUUAGGCCCAACACACCUGUUAACAUACCCAGAGCUCAAAGCUCUUCAGCGCAAAUGCCCUUGGAAGAGUUACCAGUACGAUAUAUUAGACCACAUAGUCAAUGUGCCAUGGGCUUUUCAAUGUCGCAGUUAUCUUGUCCACCUCAUAUUAGUAUUUCAAAUCAAACAGGUGCACCCCGUACGAGAACUGUAGAACUUCGGCCAUGGAUUCGACCUGUUCAACAGGGCUCUCAACCCUAUCGAUUUGCAGAAACUCAGGUUCCUCGACCUCAGGCACUAAGAAAUCGUGGGGUAUCGCGUCUAAAUCAACCUGUGAUAGGUUUUUGCAAUAGACCUAUAACACCAACCAGCUUAGCUUCUGGAACCUUUGAACAAAGUUCUUCAGUGCAAACCAAUUGGCAAUGCACUUCAUGCCAUCCAGAUAGAAUUGGACUACGAUUUAUCAGACCGCCCUCUAGAGUCCAUGACUUUAGGUACAGACGACCCAUUUCCAGUAAUUUAUUGCCAAAAGCUCAACCAGAUCAAACUAUUUCUGAACCCUGUGAGUACGUGGAUACGAUGCUUCAAGACGAGUAUAUUCUGAGGGAAAGUCCUGUGAGAAGACGUGGCAGACCUCCACUUUCAAGAACCAUCUCUGAAGAAGGUCGAGUAUUACCAAAAAGAGGACCUGGUAGACCACCACUUCACAGAUCAACAACCCCAAUACAAUUAUCAUUAGUUGAAGAUGUUUUGCAGCAAGAAGUGUCUGGAGCACCAUCUUUUAGAAGACGUGGAAGACCACCUCUUUCAAGAACCAUCUCUGAAGAAGGUCGAGUAUUACCAAAAAGAGGACCUGGUAGACCACCACUUCACAGAUCAACAACCCCAAUACAAUUACCAUUAGUUGAAGAUGUUUUGCAGCAAGAAGUGUCUGUAGCACCAUCUUUUAGAAUAUUUGGAAGACCACCUCUUUCAAGAACCAUCUCUGAAGAAGGUCGAGUAUUACCAAAAAGAGGACCUGGUAGACCACCACUUCACAGAUCAUCAGCCAAAUUUUACUUGCCAUUAGAUGAAGAUGCUUUACAGCAAGAAAUGUCUGGAACACCAUCUUUUAGAAGACGUGGAAGACCACCUCUUAGAAAAUCCAUUGCUGAAGAAUGUUUAGAACUACUAAGAAGUAUACCUGGUGCACUACCACUUAACAGAUCAUCAGCCCCAUUACGAGUACCCUUAGUUAAAGAUGCUUUGCAGCAAGAAGAGUCUGGAACACCAUAUUUAAGAAGACGUGGAAGACCACCUCUUUCAAGAAUCAAUCAAGACAAUUGUAGAACGCCUUCAAUCAGAAGAUGUGAUGGGCCAAAUUUUUCAACUUCAAUAGGUUCUCAACAACUGCUUAGAGAUGAAGAAGUCUCAACGGAAGUAAGUUUCGGAAGAAGUAGAGUACCGACACAUUCAAGACCAUCAUUUCCAACACGAUUACCCUGUGAAGACCUAUUAAACAUAAAUGAAAAUGUUUCGAUACAAAUAUCUGCUAGAGAACCCAUUAAGAGAAAAUAUUGUAGAUCACCAUUAUCUGAUUAUGAAUCUACUAAAGAAGUUAAUAUAACCAGUAGUAGAAACAUUUCAAAGCAACCGGACCGACAACUUCUCAUGCGAAACUUUCAAUUUCUACCCGAGAGACUUACUCCAUCUUCUCAGUACACAGUAGAAGAUGCUGAAGGUAGAUCGUGCGAAAGACGCUUUUAUUCGCCUCAUAAUAUUCUGAAAGAAAAACCUAAUUUUAAAACAAAUAAAGAGGACACAAGUUUAAAAGAUAAAAUAGUAGCCUAUGAACUGAAUAACCAAAAGGAUGAAAAUAAAAUGCUCUCAGUAACGGUUAAUGUGAGAGAAACUACUGAGGAUUCUAGAAAGCGAAUGUCAACUGAUUCAACAGCAAGUGAAACAAAAAAUCGUGAAAUGGAGGGGCAAGGGACGACUGUUCAGGAAGAUGAGAAAGUUCCUAAUUGA